AUGUGGCCAUCAACUAUAAAUAUUGAAUCAAUCCCAAUAUCAACAUCAUCAACAACAUCAAAUCUAAAAUCAAAUAUUUAUAUAUAUUUAAAUCUCCAAACUAAACUAAAAAUGUCAAUCUUUAAAACCUUGCAAUCAAUUGGAAACAAUAAAUUCUCAUCUGGCUCCAACUCCUUUUCAAAUGACCAUUAUUCCAACAACUAUACUUUGAAUUAUCAACCAGCACAAUCCCAAAUGCAAGUUGCUAUUGUACUUGGACCAGGUGCCCUUAAAAGAUUUGCCAGAAGACAUUAA